AUGGACAGUCCUGCCGCAGCAAAUGUCUUUGGAUAUAUUGGAGUUGUUUUAUGGAGUAUUCAAUUACUACCACAAAUCAGAUGGAAUUAUAUUAGAAAGAGUACAGAGGGUGUAUCUAUUCUCUGUUUUAGUUGUUGGUAUAUUGGAGGUCUCGUGUUUUGCCCUUACCUUGUGGCUACAGAGAGUGCCGUUCCUCUUAUCCUUCAAAUUGCUCUCUUUUCAAUUUUAAUUCUUGUCAUUUUAUUUCAACAUUGUUAUUACGAUAAAAAAAUUGAUCCAAAGAAAUUAUAUAUUUCAUUAGCAAUUAUUAUAGCUGUAUCUGUUGGUAUUGCAUAUGGUCUCUAUGCGCUGUUGGAUCAUUUCAUAGAUUAUGAUUUUGAAAUUUCUUUGACCAUUACAAUUAUCUCUGCUUCUUUGAUGGCUGGUGGUUUUAUUCCAGCUGUCUAUGAAAUCCUCAAAUCUCAAUCUGCCGAAGGUCUCAGUCGUAUCUUUGUGGCCAUGGAUUUCCUUGGUGGUACCGCUUCCAUCUUGUCACUUGUCUUUGCUCCACCCUUUGACUACAUGUCGUUUGCCAAUUUCGUGAUCGUCCCCUGUUUUGAGGGCACCAUUUUCUUUUUGAGUUUCUACUAUGGAACUCAAGUCAAGACCAAGGAUAUCGAGUAUGAAGAACCAACCCUCCACUUUAACCGUAGUUUGACUAGAUCCCGUAGAGCUACCACUCAAUCACGUGCUGAGAUGUCGACCAUGGACAACAAGAGUUCACAACCAUCAUCGAUUGUCAUUUAA